UACAGACAAGUCUUGUCCUUCCUGCUUCGCAUUUUCAAUUGCAAUCAAAAAGCCUGUACUAUUUUGCGCUAAAUUAUUGUUUCGAUUAUUCACGAAGAAGCUCCAAAACGGCUAACACAACAAGAUUUCGUUUACCAUCUCUAAACGUCCAGCACGUGGAAUGGAAGAAAAAUCCCCACGAUUUUCCGAUUAUCUCUUCGCCCAAAUGUCCCCCGAGAACGCCGCCAAAGUGGAAUGCACCGAACCACCCCGCAAAAACCAAGAGCUGACAGGUGUGCGAAAAUGGCUAUCCGAGAACCUUCUUCUUCUCCUGACCUUGCUGGGGGUCGCCGUCGGCGCUAUCAUCGGUUUUGGCCUGAGAUCCAUUCCACCUUCGAAGAGCACGAUCCUGCUGCUGUCAUAUCCAGGGGAGCUCUUCAUGAGAAUCCUCAAACUCAUCAUUCUGCCUCUCAUCAUGUCCAGCCUGAUAGCAGGAAGUGCUAGCUUGAAUGCAAGACUUAAUGGUCGGAUAGCGAUACGAACUCUGCUCUAUUUUUUAGUAACGUCAGUGAUAAACGCCAUUCUGGGGGUGGUUUUAGCUACUCUCAUUCAUCCUGGAGAUCCUGAUCUUAAGAAUAACAGGAUCGACGAGACUGCGCUGAAACGGAGUGCUUCAGUCCUUGACAGUUUAUUGGAUUUAGGAAGAAACGUCGUCGCCGAUAACAUUUUUCAAGCAACUUUUCAACAGGCUCACACCGACUACGUCAACACCACCCAGCGCGUCUUUAACGAAACCAGUGGCCUCUUCUACACCAUCAACGUCACAGUUCCUGUCCUCAAGUACCGCUCCGGCACCAAUACCAUCGGAAUCGUCGUCUUCUGCCUCGCCUUCGGCACCAUCCUCGGCACUCUCGGCCAGAGAGCCAAAGUCGUCAUCGACUUCUUCACCGUCAUCUUUGACGUGGUCAUGAAAAUGGUCACCGGCGUCAUCUGGCUCACUCCCAUCGGGGUCAGCAGCGUCAUUGCCGGCAAGAUCCUCUCCGUGGACAACAUCGUCCUCGUCAUGUCCCAGCUGGGCUGGUUCAUCGCCACCGUCAUCAUCGGUGUCUUCAUCUACCAACUGCUCAUCAUGCAGUCAAUUUACUGCGUUUUCCUCCGCAAGAACCCCUUCAAGUUUUACAUGGGUCUAGUUCCUGGCACCCUCACAGCUUUCGCGACAGCUUCGACAGCUGCCGCCCUUCCUGUAACUUUCACCCUAAUGGAGGAGAAGUUGAAAAUAGAUUCUAGAGUGACGAGAUUUGUGUUGCCCAUUGGGUGUAAUAUUAAUAUGGAUGGUACUGCUCUGUUUGUGGCUGUGGCAUCAGUUUUUUUCGCUCAGACUAACAAUAUUUCGCUGGGGGUAGGAGAGCUCGUCACUGUUUGUUUUGCCUCCACGGCUGCUUCGUUCUCUUCGGCGAGUGUUCCAAGCGCGGCGUUGGUGCUAAUAUUAAUGGUACUAACAGCCAUCGACAUUCCAGAUCAAGACGUGUUUUUGUUGUUUGCGGUGGAUUGGUUAGUUGAUAGGUUUAGGACAACUAAUAAUAUGCUAGGAGACUGUUAUGCGGCUGCUGUUGUUGAAAAGCUAUCAAAGAAGGAGCUGAUGGCUUGUGAUGCGAUUCUCUCACAGGAGUCGAGCUUUGAACAAACUAUACAAAAAGACAUAGAACCGACUGUUGUUAUACAUAAGGGACUAAAUAACGGUGCUACAAAGUAAAGAGAGCAAUAGGGUUAAAAGACCUAAAUAUUUUGUGAUGUUAGUUUAUACACGUUUUAUUGUGAAUAUUAGCUCAGUAUUAAUAAACACCUAUGUACGUGUACUUAUUCUUUUAGAAUUGAGUAAUAAAUAAAAUAUUAAGAAGUAAA